AUGUCCUUCGACCGCUUGAACUCACUGGAGGCCCAGCCUACCCAUAUGCGCCGGUCUGACGACCCGCAAUACCGCGACGAUCCGGGCUUCGACCAUCUGGCCGAGUCGCUUUCUGACCAGCUGUUCACUUUAACGUCUAAUAUCUCUCGUUUAUCCAAUCAGAUUGCGCUUCUUGGAACGAAGCGGGAUACUGAGCGUGUACGCGAACGAGUCCACAACCUCCUGGAGGAGAGCCGAGCGGGGUUCAAGGACGUAGGGGAUGGGCUCAAGAAGAUCCAGCAAUGGGAGGACGUCAAUCCUUCGCAAAAAUGGACACAGCAGAAGCUAUCGUCCGAAUUCAAAGCCAGUCUGGAGGAGUUCCAGACAGUCCAGCGCCGCGCCCUAGAGAAACAGCGUGCAUCAGCGGUCGCUGCCCGGACUGCCAUUGAGGAAGGCGAACACCCAUCGGGCGAUGCAGAAGGCCUGGCGCUACAACAGCAGCAGCUUGAGGAGCAGCCCCGUCUGGCCAAUCAGGGCGAGGUGGAUUUCCAGGAAUCUCUUAUCAUCGAGCGCGAGACGGAGAUCCGAAAUAUCGAACAGAGCGUUGGCGAGUUGAAUGAGUUGUUCCGGGAUGUUGCACAUAUCGUUCAUGAGCAGGGAGGCCAGCUCGAUAUUAUCAGCGAGAACGUCCAGAACGUAACCCAAGAUACACGAGGCGCCAAUACUGAGCUGCGCAGUGCCAGUCGAUACCAGAAGAAUGCACGCAACAAGGCAUGCUGUUUGCUUGUUAUUCUGGCUGUGAUUUUGACCAUCAUCAUUCUUGCUGUUGUCCUUGGAUAG